AUGAUUGGCACCGAGGUUUCUUUUUCAACCCCCACACGGCUCCGCGGUCGGCCACCUCCGAUCUCUAAUACUCUUCUUGAUUCAAACUUUCCCUCUCUGUUCAAUUCAACAUCCGCUUCAACCUUCAUUUUCCACCAUGUUCGUGCCGCUAUUGUCUUCUCCGAUCUUGCACCGUUCACCUCCUCUUCUUCGAUUUUGAACAAAAACGGCGCUACCUUCACUCACUUAUCCGCCUCUCCGAGCCACACGCCAUCGUACAUCAGAACACGAAUUGCAAACUCAAACGAGUUUGCAGUUGGAUCUCUUCACUUCAAUCCACACAUACGAUGCAAAAAAGAGGAAAUUAAUCGAAGAUUAGAGGAAAUCACGACUUACCUACCGGCGAGAGGUCUGGUACUCAACGGUGUCGACGUCGCAAGAAAUCCAGAGAAUCCUCAUUUUCCAGAGUAA